CGUGCUAAUCGGGCGCCGCCCCGCAGCGUCGCGGCGUCGCGGCCCGAGCGCGCCGUGCGUGCCGUGCGUGCGUCGGCCCGUGCGUGCGUGCGUGCGUGCGUGCGUCGGCCCGUGCGUGCGUGCGUGCUUGCGCUCGGCGGCGGCGGCGGCGGCGCAGCGUCCCCUGCCCCGAAUGAAAGGGAAGGUCCCGGCGAGCGAGCGGCCGUGAGCGACCGGCGGUGACGGGGGGUGGGGGUGUCCCCGAGCUGCUCCUCUCCCCGGCUCCCCGCCCGUCCACACGGCAUUGAGAGGAUUGAAGUGGCAUUCUAAGGUCAUUUAAAAUCAUGACAAGCUCAGUUGGACAGAAAAAAGUCUCUUCAAGACAAAGGAAGUGUGGUUUUUGUAGAUCUAAUAAAGAUAAUGAAUGUGGACAAUUAUUGAUGUCAGAAAACCAGAAGGUGGCAGCACAUCACAAGUGUAUGCUGUUUUCAUCUGCACUGGUAUCUUCACACACUGAUAAUGAGAGUCUUGGUGGAUUCUCUAUUGAAGAUAUUCAGAAAGAAAUAAAAAGAGGCACUAAACUGAUGUGCUCCCUAUGCCAUUGUCCUGGAGCAACCAUUGGCUGUGAUGUGAAAACAUGUCACAAGACAUAUCACUACUACUGUGCUUUGCAUGAUAAAGCUCAGAUAAGAGAGAAACCCUCACAAGGCAUUUACAUGAUUUUAUGUCGAAAACACAAGAAAACUACGCAUAACUCUGAAGCAGAUUUAGAAGAAAGUAUCAAUGAACAUGAGUUGGAGCCUUCACCUCCCAAAGGAAAAAGGAGGGGUCGUAAGGGAAAGCCAAGAAAAACAAAUUUAAAAGGGCAAACAGAAGACACUAGAUCCACGUCCUCACAUGGCACAGACGAAAUAGAAAGCAGUUCUUAUAGAGACAGGUCUCCCCACAGAAGCAGCCCCAGUGAUACAAAACCUAAAUGUGGAUUCUGUCAUGCAGGUGAAGAAGAAAAUGAAGCUAGAGGAAAGCUUCAUAUAUUUAAUGCCAAAAAGGCUGCAGCGCACUAUAAGUGCAUGUUGUUCUCUUCUGGCACUGUCCAGCUAACAACAACAUCAAGGGCAGAGUUUGGUGAUUUUGAUAUUAAAACUGUACUUCAAGAAAUCAAGAGAGGAAAAAGAAUGAAAUGCACGCUUUGCAGCCAGCCUGGUGCUACUAUUGGGUGUGAAAUUAAAGCCUGCAUCAAAACAUACCAUUACCACUGUGGAGUAGAAGACAAAGCUAAAUACAUUGAGAAUAUGUCACGAGGAAUUUAUAAACUCUAUUGUAAAAACCAUAGUGGAAAUGAUGAAAGAGAUGAAGAGGAUGAAGAAAGAGAAAGCAAAAGCCGUGGAAAAUCAGGCACUGACCAUAAUGACAUUCCUCAGCAGCAGCUCAAUGGAAACUAGGUUCAAGGGACAGAGUUAUAGAACUGGGAAUGGCUAAGACAUCAUAACUACUAAUUCUUUUAAAUUGUUUUCUAAAAUCAGAAAAGGGUUAGUAACUUUUUACUACCCAACUCUGUUAGAAAUUUCAUUGAACUGCCUGAAACGUUCAUGUGUGUGAGCCUUCAGUAAGUGGCAGAGUUUUACAUGUCAAUAUUAUGUAGUUUGUAGUCUGCAGUGUCUGGAAAAAAAAGAAACACUAUAUAAAUGAUAUGUAAUAUGUACAGUGUCAAAAGUUAAGGCAGACAUUGAAAUGAAGUAAGAUCUAUAUUUCUGGACUGAAUAAAAACCUUAAGAUUUGGAAUGUGUAAGUUGUUUAGUGGAUUCAUGCAACGAGGGAAGGUCUUAGCUAGUUUAAUUAACAACAUGGACAAGUUCAUGGUGGCAACAAGCUGGUACUUUGUGAAUUUUACAUUUUCUUCAUAUACAAGUUAUGGAGGCUAUACAUGGGAAAGCCGCUCUCUGUUUUUGCUUGCAAAGCACACAGUAGAAAAGGACUCGGUGUGCACCGAAGCACGCUUGAACAUUUCAGGUUGUUCCUGUUGUGAUUGCUCAUUCCGCCCGGCAUUGUUUGCGGGAGAUUUACUUGAGCAGCUGUUGGUUCUGAGCUGUGAGCUGUAGAACUCAUGCCAAAGGGCUGUAGUUCAUUCUUUCCCCGACAACCCACGUCUCUGUGUCCCUGAUUUACCAAGAACACUUCACUAAGUGUGAUUAAAAGCUUAUUAUACAAAUGUUUGGACUCUGCAACCCAAUCUCUUUUACUUCAGAGUUACAAUGCUAACUCACUAUGGAAUUUAGCCACCAUAUCUGACGUCCAUACCUCAAGUGUUCUGUGUUGUGUGGAACACUUCAUGUUUUGUCCAGAAUAGGCAUAGAGGUCCCAUAUUCUGUAAGAAGAAUGAGGAAACAGCCUUUGUUCCUAGAUUGGUAUUUAUUUUUAAUCUUAUGACCACUAUAUAAGAAACUUUGCUUAUCAUUUUUAUUGUUUUAGUGAUUUUUUUUUCUUUCUGUCAAGUCAGCAAUCAUGUCAUGGAAUUCUGCGUGCUAGAGUUUGAUGUUCUACUAAGGAAUAAUCAGAUCUAGUUUAUACCAAACCUAACAGAUCAGUCCUCUGACUGCUUUCAAAAUACCGUGGCAUUUCUAAUGGCUAUUAGCUUCUCAGUUGGUCUGUUAAAAGCACAUUCUCAGACGUACCUUAAAUAAAACCAAAAAAAUGAGCCUAGUCCACAAGUUUGUUGCUAUCGCAUCACAUUGUUUAGGGUUUUGACUUGUUUAACUCUGAACUCCCAACAAAGCUUCUAGAUCUGAAGGAAGGAACCGAGCGAAAUACAAUGAUUUAACUAUAAUCUGCUACAGUUCUUCUGUGAUGGGUAUUGCAAGAACAGUUCAUUUGUAACAUGAGUUUCUGUAGCGUUUUUUACUUGUAUUUUUUAAAAAUUUAACGUGUGUCAUUGUCUUCUUAUGCAUUCCCUUAAUGUCUUGAGGGACUCAAUUACUGUAUUUUAGAGUUUCUAACACUUUACUUGUUAGAAUUCAAUCUGUUUGCUUUCCUGGGGAAUAAUGCAGUUUUGGAAAGAAAUACUGCUGUGUACAGAAAAUAUUCAGUUACUGCUCUAAACAUGAUGCCAUUGAUCAUUUUUAUUUUGUAUUUGUAACUUUCAAAAUUAAAAGCGUGACUUGAAUUGCAAUGACAGAUCGAUUAUUGAAAUUGUCUAUCAAGGUGUUUAUUUCUUCUAGAAUAUGAACAUUUUUCAGCCACUCAGAACAGUUUUAGAGUGCAAAAUAACAUCUUUCAAUGUUUGAAAUUGCUUCUAGGUUUCGUGCCUCAGACAUGGCUCUCCCAUGGAAUAAAGGCACUUUGCAGCUACUGUAUUUUUAACAAAGAUUGGAUGACAAAUACAUGGGGUAGAUCUGCCAGCAUACUAAUUGUAUUUGAGACUGAGCUCUAAAUCAUAUUGUCAGUUGCUUAAUAUGUUAUUCAGUCUAAUUCAUCCGGUGUGAAAUAAUGUAUGCCAUUCCAUGCCACUAAGAACCAGAACAGCACUUUACCUUUGGGUAGCAGACGACUAAGUGGCUGGUUUACCUGUUACCUCUUUGUGCUGAUAUGGCCUGACUGAACUGUCAUUAAUUAAUGGGAACUGAAAGUCAAAAGCAAAAAUCUUUUUGUUUUGAGCCUCAAAUUUGUCAUAACUGACUUCAACUUGUCAUGUAUGCUGGGUAAAAGUGCCUUACAAUGUAAAAAUUGUAUUUAUAUGUUCCCAAGUAGCAUCACCUGCUGGGGAGUAAUUCUGUUGUGGUGUUAAUAUUUAGAAGAAAUGUACCUCAGCAGUGUAUUUACUGUACAUCUCGUAUGUCCUUAAUUGUAGUUUUAAAAAGCAUGACAAUGUAUGAUAGGUAUACAACAUUUACAUCAUUUUUUUAAAGACAAAAUACUGCCAUUGCUGUCUCUUUAUGCAUAUUUUAGCUUGGAAUUUCAGACUGUCUGGGUUUUUUUGGUUUUUGUUUGUUUUCUUUUUCUUUUUUUUUUUUUAAGCAGUGUAAUCUUUGCAAGCAUAUAUUGAAGGUUAUUCUGGAGCAUCUACUGCCUUCCCAGAAAUGUUAGAAGUAAUGAAAGUGUUCUGUAGGUGAAAUAGGUAUGUUUAAAUUAGCUAGUUAAAUUUAUACAGUCUAUUUGUUCCUGGGAUUUUUUUUUAAUAGGCACCUUCUGCUUUCAUCUCACAAUCAGAAAACUGUCUUGAUUUUAAGAGAACUUGUCAUAUAAAACUGAUUUCACCUCUUUUUUUUUGCCUUUGGGCUUCUUUUUUUUUCUUCUCACAAGAGUAGUAUGUCCUGUUUAAAGACUCCUGGAACCCUCUGAUAAUGGAGGUCUCUCCCCAACUCACUGUGUCACUAUAUUACCAGGAAAGGACUAUACCAAGGAAGGACAGGCAUCGGAAGGGUACUGUUUCAAUUACAUGGGGAUCCAGCUGGUGUCGUGCCAGAGUCCAAAGGCGUGAUCAAACACAGCAGUAAGCUGUGCUAUCACUCUGUUUCGCAGAAGAAUAAAAGGUGCAGUUCAGUACCGCCAUCUGUGCUGCUAGCUAGAUGGAUGAAAUAGAUUAGAUGUCCAAAAGGUCUACUCAUUCAGCAGAUGUUGAUCCACAGGAGCUUCUGUGAUAAGGCUCUGGCAGGAGUUACACCAGCUUAACUCCUGAAGGGCAGCAAUAAGUCCAUCACUUGCACUCCACAAAGUUUGAUCUUCAGAUACAAAGAGCUGUGCCGAUAUAGGAAGGUAUGGUUAUACUGAAUCUGGCCCUGAAUUUCUGCUAUUAGUAGACAAGAAAUGUAAUAUAAAGAAAUAGUUUGCUGCUCAUUGCUGCCUGUAUGAAGAAUAACUUUACGUUAAACCAGAGCAGAAGAUGGAGUGAUAUCUUUUUGAAAUAUCAAACUUAUCUGGCAGGUGAUAAUCAUUGCAUUCCAAAAAAGAUUAAUAUGCUGAAUCAGAUUGACAAUAAAAUUAAUCCUCAUUAGAUGAAACUAAUCUUAAAUGAGAACUGAAAGUACAUUAUAGCAAAUAGUAACUCUUCUUCCAUGUCACCAGAAACAGAACUGUAUGAGUGAUGGAGGUUAAAAAAUGAACACAGCUCUUAAUUUAUAUAUACUUGUUGAAGCAGUUUCUAUAUAUGCAUAUGUAUGCACAUUCAUUAGUCAGCAGUGACAUCUCAACCCUUAAAGGAUCCUGGAGAACUGUAGCUUGUCAAAAAGCACUCAGGUUAGGCUAACAUCUGCAGCUUUUGCUCUAGCGUACAUUUACAUUAGGUGUAAAGACAAGGAAUGUAUAAAAGAGGGUAAAUGCAUUCCUAUCUACAAUGUUAUGUAUAUUUUGUUCCUGUUAUAUUGGCUUUACUUCCAAAGUUGUAGUUUGCAGUAUUAGUUUCUUUUUAUUGGUAUCCUUGCAUAUAUAUAUAUUCAAUAAAUGAGUUAUGAAUUUCA